AUGAGGAAGAAAUUGCUCACGCAAGAUAUCAUUCUUCAAUGGGAUCUCUCGAGAAGGAAGAAUAUGAAUAUGUUAUGCUGCUUGCUACGUUAUGAAAACCAUGAUUCGCAUCCUCAUCUAUUUUUUGAAUGCAAAUACUCGACGCAGGUGUGGGAUAUGGUUCGACUUAAAGCUGGCAUGGAUGAUAUUGAUUCGAAGUGGGAGGAUAUCGUCGGUUGGCUUAUGCUCAAAUGCCAUUCGAAGCUGGUGGAUCAUUAUGUGAGUAGAAUUGUAGUGGCUGCUUCUGCUUAUUUUAUAUGGCAGGAACGUAAUGCGAGGCUUUUCAAGAAUCAAACGCGACCUCCGGAGAAACUCUAUGAUUUGAUAAUCGAGACUGUUCGGUAUAAGAUUAUGGGAGUCAAGUGGAAGCGGAAUGAAAGAGUUCGAAGGCUUCUAGGGGAAUGGGGGAUACCAGAUGCGGAUACUAAUGGUGAUGGCGAUUGA